AUGAAUCCUUCAAUAACUAUUGCUCUACUCAUAGGAGUGGCACUCAUGGCAAUGUUUAUAAAUCCUAUACAAUCAGAAUCAAUGCGAAGCAAACGAUGGACAUUUAAUACUUGGCGAUUGCACGGUGGUCGAUAUGCAUCUCACACUACAUCAUUCAAUCCUAAUAUUGUUCCUCAUUAUUCUACAAUAUUCGCUGAUGUCAAUGAUCAAGAUCAACUUCUUAAUGUUGACAACGAUAAUGAUGAUCCUACAAUUAAAAUACUUACACGUCAGCUACGUUUUUGCCAGCUAUUAGAUCUCGCACACAAAAAAGACGAUUAUAGUGAUUAA